CGCGGCGGGGGCGGUGCCUGCACCGCCCCCCGCGCGCGCCCGGGCCGGCUCUCCAAGAUGGCGUCGGCACCGCCUCCAUCGGCGGCCAAGCUGUACAGGCCGAACCAGUACGUCUCGCUGCCCGCCGAGCUCGACCCCGACACCUACGACACAUCGCCGGAGAAGCUCCGCGCCGAGGCCGAGCGCCUGGCGAUCCGCUCCCGGCUCAAGCGGCAGUACCAGCUGCAGCUCAACAAUCCCAACCCGCCCGCCGUCAUCGAAAAUCCCGCCUUAAUCCGCUGGGCCUUCGCGAAGUCACAGAACGUCUACCCUACUUUCCGCCCGACACCCAAGACGUCCUUUCUAGGAGCUGUUUAUGGGUUAGGCCCCCUCCUCUUCUGGUUCUUUGUCUUAAAAACUGACAGGGAACGUAAAGAGAAGCGUAUCCAGGAAGGUAAAGUCAAGCGACCGUUCAGUGUAUUCUUCUAAGUUCCUGGAUUUGCAGUGGGGAUGGGAUAUAAAUAAAAUAAAAUGCAUUAUGUGAUGACAUUUCUCUGUCACAAGAAUAAAUCUUAAUUGCUUGUUG